AGGUAAGGACUGAAGAGCGGGCAUCAUGUCGGAAGACAUGACCGCCAAGUCCUCGUUCAAGGAUGUGCCAAACGCAGCUAUUACGGACAUGCAGAACCCGUUGCCCAUUUGCCGGAAGCCCCGCCCGGAUAUGAACUCGCUGACGGUGCGCCAGUAUCUGGAUCAGACGGUGGCGCCCAUUCUGCUACACGGAUUGCAGGCCCUGGCCCGUGAUCGACCCACAGAUCCCGUUAGCUACUUGGCAACGUAUUUGCUGAAGAACAAGAACCGUUGCGACGAGCUCAAUACGGAUGCCAUGUGAAUUCCUUUCGUUUAUUGACUUGCACUCAAGUUACGUUUAAUUUCUUGAUUUCGUUGCUGACAAUCGCUGCUAUUCGCUGAUUUUAUACCAAGGAUGUUUACUCUACUACACACGUAUACGGCAGAGCACUUCCUUUACCCUACUCACCGUGAACAGAUGCACACUCUCCAGAAACAUGAUUUACUGCUGUUACUUGUUGCACACUCGUUCUAAUGUAAUCGCGCGCACUUUAGUUGAAUAUUAAUAAUUGCAGGCAGGUGGGUCUAACACAGAUGCUGCCCCACGAGAA